UCAAACGCCACGAGAACAUUCACAAGAAAGAUAUGUUGUUCGAGUGCUCUACCUGUGGGAAGAAGUUCAACGAUAAGUCAAAUUUAAAAUGGGAAUUUUCUUGUGGCGAAUGCCAUGAGAAAUUUGACAGUGUGAAUGCACUUCGURCCCACCUGGAUACAGCUCACCCUACACCCUCCACACGUGGAACCAAGAKGAAAAACGAUUCUCCACAGAAAAUCUCAAACAAGAAACAGAAAAAGGAUAAGAAUUCUUCUGAACAAGGACCAGGCUAUCAGUUUCAGCACACGUCACCAGUCUUUUCCUCUAGUUACCUGUGGUACAUACUCGUAACCAUCAAAGGCGAGCGAAUAAAUCCUAAUCAAGAAAACAAGUAAAGCCGCGUGGCACUGAGCAAUUUCUGCAACUCUAAUCGCGAAUCGUUUUCUCGAAGAAAGCUUUUUACGGAACCUCGUUAAAACUGGACAGAAGAGGAAGAUGAUUCCCUUAGAUGCAAAUGAUGAUGAUG